GUCAGAGGAUUUUACGCGUCAGUCGCUCGGCCGGAGUUCCUUGAUUGCUCAAACCAGGAACGUUGUGUGGCCCUCCGUUCAUUGUCGACAGAGUUCCGCACAGCGUACGCUGCGCACACGAUAAAGAAGACGACUGGCCCAGUGCUGCUGACUAGCUAGCCACACCACGGUUGCUCAUCAUGUCUGCCUCCAAGCCAAUCGACCCGCAAUCAGGCACCGGCGUCCCCCGUUGGCAGCUCGCUCUGCUGUUCGGCGCGCCCAUAGUGCUCGGGGUGAGAGCCGUGUAUCUAUGGAACAGCAUGAGUCGUUUGGAUCGUGCCCGUGAGGCAAAUCAAAAAGGCAACAAAUACUUUCAGGCGGCCAAGUACGAGAGCGCCAUCCAGUGUUACACAGAGGCCAUUGAACUCUGCCCCACUGUACAGAAGAGCUACCUGUCGGUGUUCUAUAACAACCGAGCGGAGGCGUAUGAGAAGCAGAUGAAAUGGACUGAGGUGUCGCAAGACAGCUCACAGGUACUAAUGUUCGACCCGCAGAACUUCACAGCUUUUACCAGUAAGCUGCGAGCUCAUGAGAAACUGGACAAUAAGAAAGAAUGCCUGGAAGAUAGCAUCGCUCAGUCUAUCCCGGAGGACGAGCUGAACGAGGAGCGCAUGAAGUUCCCUAUGGGAAAUAAGAAACGAGGGUGGAUGAUGCCUUCUCCUCAGUACAUCAAAUCCUACUUUGGUUCUUUCACCGAUGACAUCAUCUCGCAGCCGCUGCAGAUGGGCAAGAAGAAAGAUGAAGACAAGGACAAUGAGGGCGAGGCCUCCGAGGUCACAGCUAGUCACCACCUGAGUUCGGGCUACCUGAAAGCCAGGCAAUACAUGGAUGAGGAGGACUACGACAAAAUCAUCAGCGAAUGCACUAAGGAGGUGGACUCGGAGGGCCGCUACAUGGCUGAGGCGCUGCUCCUGCGCGCCACUUUUCACGUGUUGACUCGCAACCGAGUGGAGGCUGGUGUCGACUUGGACCGCAUCAUCAAUAUGCAGGAAGCCAACGUCAAGCUGCGUGCCAACGCUCUCAUCAAGCGUGGGAUCCUGUACAAACAGGAUGUCCGACACUUGGCUGCCAAAAAGCACUUCAACAUCGCAGCAGAGAUCGACGCAUGCAAUCCCGAUGUGUACCAUCACAUGGGGCAGCUUAAAAUGGACCUGCACCUGGUGGAUGAAGCUGUAGAAGACUUUGACAAAAGCAUCCAGCUCAGACCUGAGUUUGCUCUCACCCAGGCGCAGAGGUCCUUCGCUCUGUACAAACAAGCAUACACCGAGCUCUGCCCAUCCAAGACACACGUUCAGAAAGCCAUGGAUGGAUUCGAGGACGUUAUCAAAAGGUUUCCCACUUGUGCAGAGGGCUACGCACUAUACGCUCAGGCUUUAACCAAGGAGGGACGCUUCAGAAAGGCAGACAAGAUGUACGACAAGUGUAUUGAAGUGGAACCACACAACGCCAACUAUUAUGUUCACAAAGGAUUAUUACAGCUCCAGUGGAAACGAGGCAUGGACUCAAGAAGCUUGUGUGGGUUGGCCCUGGACCUAAUCAGAGAAGCCAUCAAAAUCGACAACAAAUGUGCCUUUGCUCGCGAAUCAUUGAGAUAUGUCAAACAUCCAUGGAGUAACAAAAUCAGAAUGCCCACCGAGGAUGAAACGGUGAAUGUCGUGUGCACUUAUUUCAUCCCGUUCACCCGUCACACAGAGCGCCAAGAAGCGUACACCCACAGAGAGGUAUUCAGGAAAGUACGGCAUCAGCUCCAUCAACUCUUCAUCAAUUAAAGCCGGUCUAUCACAGUGCACUACGUUUCAUCACCAAUGACAAUUUCUGCACUCAUCAUUGUACCCUUUAUCAAAACGUUGGUUGGUCUUCACUACAGUCAAGAAGCAGGCAUGAAAAUGGGUCAGGGGUUAAAAAGGUGAGAAAGGUGUGGAGGAAAUAUGUUCCGGCGUUCUGCCAAAAUGUCCGCCGUCGGCAAAACGUCCUACAUGUGGCGAAUUUGACCAUUUUAAUUUUUCACAUAAGGCUUAAUAUUCGAGUUAACGGGGGUUUAAUUAGUUGAAGGAGUUGAUUUUAACCACCAUUGACUCGCGCUAGCUUAGCCACUCCGGAGCCCUGAAACUAACAAAUAACUGUCAAACUGCACAGAAUUUGUUCAAAUCAUUUCCAACGACUAAUUAAACCCCGGCUAACUCAAAGAUUAAGCCUAAUGUAAAAAAUUCUGAACUUCCCCUUUAAAAUAAAGACCAUUGAAUAUGGCCAUUAAAAUGUUGUCUAUAAAAGUUUUAGAGCAAUAAAACAAACAAAAAUGAAUAAAAUGAACAGGAAUCCUUCAAAGUAUUUUAGAGCAAUAAAACAAACAAAAAUGAAUAAAUUGAACAGGAAUUCUUCAAAGGAUUUCAUAUUGGGUCCAAAUCAUUUUUCGAACAGAUCACGUGACUAGAGAACCUUAGAGACAGCCGUUUGCAUUGCUUAGCCAAAACUACAGCUGAGGAGGCAAGAUGGAUAUUUAGAAUUUCUUUAAACCUAAGCUUUCAAAACCCUCAACAACAACUGAGCUUGAACCGAGGACUGAGCACGAGCAGUAUCAAAAAGUCCUGGCUGUCGUGUUACCUGUUGUGCUGUAAUUCCAAGUGGUGCUUGAAUUGGAUGCUUAUAGCGGUCGACAGUCUUUCUGAGCCAGCGCAAAGUUCGCAGCGCACGGAGAUAUUUUUGUUAUCUUUACUGGACAAAAAUGUGAAGUAAUGGCUGUGUUUCCAGUGUGCAAAUACAGCCGUUUGUAGUAUAUCUCCUGCCUAUUUCAUUGCAUCCUGGCGAGGUAGCAAGGCUAUGUUGUUUUGGCCGCAAACUCCCAGCGCUCACGCAUCAUGGUAAUACAAGUGACCCUUUUUGUUCCAUCCCCGAUUAAAAAAUGUGACAUGUGAUGUCACUCCCAUGACUACAGUAUUCUUCAUUCUACACACAUUAUGGGGCAAUAACAAAAUAGUAACGCACAGGCAUCAAGGAAAGUAAUUUUACUCAGAUUACUGAUUUAGAAAAAUGAACGCGUUAGAUUGUUUUUUACUGAAAGAAAGUAAUCAGAUUAGGUACGCAUUACGAUACCACGUUAUUGACAACACUGCUUUUAUAUUACCGUUAAAUACACAAGCUUGACGCUACCUUAACGGGAGCUAUUUUUUCACCGGACGCUGCGGCAGUGUUCAACGCAAGCUGCAACGAACGGUGUUCUGUCAAAAUUUGCUCCCUUAUAAAAUUUUGCUCCCAAAGCUUUUGUGGCGCUGAAAAACCCCUCUUUUACAUUCAAUUGGACUCUCAAUGUUAUCCAAAGUGCUAUCUAAACUAGAUACAUCAUAAACAUACAUGUGCAACACGAAAAUGGCGUAAAUGAAUACUUAACGACGCGGCAAAGUUGUUAACAGUGAGAGCGCGGCGUGCAGUUACUGUGUGCAGCUAACAUGGUAGGAUGUGUCUGAGAACUUUUGUACAUGUCUUUACAUGAUCAAACUUAAGCAAAUAUUCCUUUCUUUAAAGAAAGUUUGUAGUGUUUACUUUGGAAUCGCCGCAUUCGCGGCCAUUUUUAACGUUACGCGCAUGCGCAAAACCGCAAGGUAGCAAUUUUUGAUGGGUUGCAAACGAAAAC